UGAGUCUGCUUUCUUUUUCUACAUUAUAUCUCUAUAACCUGCACACGCCUGGUGAGGUUGCAUCGCCUUGUUUGCCUCCUAUCACUUGUGUUUGUGUGCUGCAUGUGCGGCGCUAUUUACAAACACACACGCAAACUUUUGCAAGAAGAUUUGCAGCAACUGCUUGCAAGACGUCAAAGCGUCUGGAGCAGUCACAAAGUUAUCCUCCAGAGCUUUCUUUCCCCCACACUCCUCAUUAUUUUAGUUUCAUUUUAUUUGCAAAAAAAAGACACCAGUUGUUUUCUUUUUUAUUUGCAUCUUCCCAACCCCUGCCUGGUUUUCUCGCCUGUCUGCAAUCAUCGAGUUGUCAUGAGCCAGAUGCAUUCGGAAGAGUGGACGGAUCUGAAAGAGCUGGCGGCUGAGAGGUGUUUGCAGCAGCCUCAGGCAGGUCAGGGUUACCCGCAGCCCGCUGCACUGUCGCUGCUGGACACCGACCCCAGGGGAUGGCUGGCACCCGAUUUGCAAAGCGGAGGCACCUGCCCGGCUCACGGCGACUCCUACCUGUCUCCCGGUGGCUCCUCCUCGGAGGAGGAGCUGCUGCUGCUGGGGGCCGGGGCGGGAGCGGAGCCCGGCCGAUGCAGCGGACGGGGUAAGAGCCCGGUGAGGGUGCGGGAGCUUUGCAAACUGAAAGCUGGGGAGCUGGGAUGCCGGCAGCGGGCUCCGGCCAGCGGGGUGCAGAGACAGAGGAGGCUGGCGGCGAACGCCCGGGAGAGGAGGAGGAUGCACGGCCUGAACCACGCCUUCGACCAGCUCCGCGGGGUCAUCCCCUCCUUCAACAACGACAAGAAGCUGUCAAAGUACGAGACUUUGCAGAUGGCGCAGAUCUACAUCAGCGCCCUGGCCGAGCUGCUGCAAGGGGGCGAAGCCGAAACGAACCCCCGGGCUCCGGGGAACUCCUCUCCCCCGGGUUGCAGGCGCUAUCCCCCCGGCCAGGGACACCCUCCUCCACCCCCUCCCCCACUGUUGCAAACCGGCCCCAGGGCCCCGCCGUUCGCCUUCCAGGACGGGCCGUCCGCUUCCCCCGAAGCCAGCAAGACCUCCCCCCGCUCCCAGCGGAGUGACGGGGAGUUCUCCCCCCGCUCGCACUCCAGCGACUCAGAGGAUGUGCCCCUGGACCUGCCGAGCGAAGACGACGAGCUACCUGAAGCUCCGAAUUACCAAUAAUUGCAGCCAGGCAGCGAACGGAGAGGAGACGCAACGUGGACUCCAGUUUCUAUACAAAUAUAUAUUUUUUUUAACAAGUGCAGAAUGAACUUCUUUUUCAUGCCGAACGAACUUUUACCCCGUGAGGACUGAGCUUUUAUUGCAAGUUCCUCCCAUGCAGUUUUUUUUAAAUUUCCCCCGCGCAGCAUAAUUUUAUUGCC